AUGCAGCGGAGCGCGGUGGUCGUGGUGGCGGACAAAACCACCCUGAAGAGGCCGUUCAUCUUCGCCAACGCCGUGCACAUGGCGCUGUGCUUCUUCAUGCUGACGAUGACGGUCGCUUGGCACAGAGACCUCGUGCAAACCGGCAAACUGGUGUCCAGUGUCUCUGUGGUGUUGAUGUACGUCAUCGAGAUCGGCUGCCUGCUGCUGUCAGUGCUCGGCGUGAUCGGGGCUUGUAAAGGAAAGAGAUGGUGUUUGAUUCUGUAUGCGACUGGGAUGGCCGCAGCCAGUCAAACAAUAAUUGUUAGAACAGCACUAAGUUACCAAGAUCUUUACGAGAAGCGGGUGGUCCGCGAGGAGAACAAGCUGCUGUCCAUGAUGCCGCUCACUGCAACGAACAAAGCCAACAGGACCCUUCUGUACAGCAUUCAGGAAGAGUUCGAGUGCUGCGGUCUCAUUGAAGGCUACAAAGACUGGGGCUCCUUCAUCCCUGCCUCCUGUAACUGUCAGUAUCCAGGAAAAUGUAUUCGGCUACGGGGGAGCGCCACUCUCGGGGCGCCAAAGAACCAGUAUGUUUAUCAAGAGCCUUGUCUGCCGAUUUACGUCUCUGAACUGAAGCUCGCGUUCUCGUUGACGAUGGCCAUACAGUUUGGAAGCGGAGUGUUUUGGAUGGUUUUACUCGUCAUGAGCAUCAAGCUGAUGGGGCAGAUCAAAAGAAAACAGGAGUUCAUGGCUCUUCUCUAUUCUAACAGAUACGUCCCCGGUGCCUUCUAGUAACCUCGUACCUUUUAAUACGUAUUUGCAAUUAUUAUCUCGUUUGAAUUUGCACAUGUAAACACGUUACGCUGUAUAUCAUAACCUGGCUAUAUUUUACGCUAGAGCGACAUAUGUUAAAUUAUCAUUUUCAUAGUGUUAAUGCAUGUGCGCGAUAUUGAGAAGUAAUCUACAUGCAUAAGAUCGAUUUCAAAUGAUUUUUUUUUAUUGCCUUACUGCUGUGAAAACAAUGCAGUUUAAUUAAAUUAUCUAAUCUUUAAUAAUCGUCACAUGCUUUUCUCUUAAGACUCUGUUCUCGAUGACUAUAUCUAACCAUUUGUUUUUCUGGUAUUUCAUUAUUUACAGUAAAGUCGUUUUAAAGUGUCUGCAGAACUGGGUCCGGACUUUCCACGCGGCGGGAGAUUCUCCGCUCGGACACAGGGAGUAACAAUUUCAUUCCACUGCGGAGAUCACGUGUUUUUGUUUACAGCGUCGGCUCCUAUUACCAAAAACUCUAUUGGCAUCUUCGUCACUGUAUGGCGGCGCUUUUUCAUCCUGAGAUAUUUGUAUUGCUUUCGUUUUCACAAUCCUUGCGUCCGUCGCGUGUAAGAAACGUCUCCGACUUGCUCGCGGUGAAUCCUAUGGAGGAUCUCCCCCUAUUUCCCUCGCUCAGAAAUUUGCGCUCUCACGCUCGGCCCCCUCUGGAGAAAGUCCAGAGACUAUCCGGAGUUCAGUGCACGUCUGACUGCUGCUUAUGCAUCGUCUCAUCUUGAUAAUAUCCGUUCUAUAUGCAUCGCCUUCACAUCUGGACACAUCUGUGUGUCUUUUACAAAGCCAGAUAUUAAUCCGAUCACAUCUACUGUACCAUGUGCACGGAAAACGUUUUUUAUGUUUGUCAACCGGACCAAUUCUUCCAAACGUACGUCUCCAAAUCGUCUUAAGCACACGCAUUGAACAAACCAAGCACUCGAGCAACAAACCAAUAUCUGAUAUUAAUAAUCCUAAUGUAGCAUCUUUCUUAAAACAGUGUUUACAAGAGUGCUUUGAUUGAAACAUAUAAUGAUUUAUUUAUUACGGAGCAAUGUAUUUUCUCGGGUAAAUAAUCAGGUCAGACAAAAGGAAUGAGUCCACGCUCUCGUUGGGAGGCCAGGAUGUCUCGAUGCCUCGUGCAUUAUAUAUAUAUAUAUAUAUCUGAAAACUUCCAUCACUUAAUUCCAUUUGUUUUUCCUGAAAGCACAUGUAGUGGGUAAAUGAUAUGUGAGGAGAGAGGGGAGCCGGUUUGGUCGCACAUCCAGUAGACAGGCCUGUAAAUCCUUGGUUAUUUCUGACACAGAGGUUUUGGCAUCCCGACUGGGGAUGCCGUUACGCCAAGCCGCCCCAAUACGACCGGCUGCAGUCGAAAUGCCCUCUCUCGACUUACGUAUUGUCAAACGAGUUUCAUCAGAUACAGCGGAUCCGAUGUCUACCUGUGCACUUUAACCAUUAAUGCCUAAUAUACAGUAUAUGUUCUGUAAACUAUGGUAUUUUUGUUUCUGUCGAACACUGUUUUUCUUAUUUAUGGAAUG